UUGAUUGGAUGCAAUUCAGCUGUCUAUUUUGUGACAUUACUCUAACCAAUGGAAUAUUCGUGAUUGAAACCGUCCAGACAAUGGGGGCAGCACAUUCUAUUGUGUUGCGAUAAUUUCUACGAUUGUAGGGAUAGGAAUCUACCCCUCUCACUUUGAUUAUCAGGAAUUGUAUGUUAUCAUUUGGCAUUUGACAACCUUCGGGCACGGGUACGGCCACCUGCUGAAAUAGUCGAAUGUAGGACAAUGUAAAGUUGCUCAAAUAGUUCGAAGAAAAUACAUUAAAAAAAUGGAUUGGGUGAUAUCUGACGAGUUGUCUUUAACAGUAGGCACUGUCGUGGGAUGGGUGAGCGCCGCAGCUAUGAUUGUAGGGGGUGUCAUCCCUUAUAUCCCGCAAUACAGACAAAUAAGGAAAACCAGAGAUGCCGAAGGUUUUUCGUUAUUAGUGUGUUUAGCCCUUCUGGUAGCUAAUACCUUAAGGAUUAUGUUUUGGUUUGGAAGACACUUCGAAUAUCCUCUCUUAGUUCAAAGUAUGAUUAUGAAUAUUACUAUGUUUUUGAUGAUCCACCUGUGUGUUAAUGUGAGGAACAAAAACCAGCUGCAUCAGGCGAGGCAAAGAAUUUUUCUAGCUAAACCCAUUGAAGUAAAGAGACUUCUAAAUGCUAAGCCUACCUGCUCUUCUCGCAGUAUAUUUGAUUUCGACGGUAAGUACUUCUGGAACUGGACCGAUUUCCAGUCGUAUCUGGACUGCAUUCUCGUCUUCAUGAUCGUCACUUCCCUCUUGAUGUACAUAUUCAUAGAUUAUAUGUUUUUCGUCGAAACCGUUGGAUUCAUGGCUGUGUUCACGGAAGCGAUGCUAGGGAUGCCUCAGCUAAUUAAGAAUUAUAGGAAUAAAUCUACAGAAGGCAUGAGCUUGAGCAUGGUAGUGAUGUGGACGUGCGGCGACAUCUUCAAGACGGCCUACUUCCUGCUGCGCGACGCUCCGGUGCAGUUCUGGGUGUGCGGGACGGUGCAAGUGACGGUGGACCUCCUGAUCCUCCUGGAAGUGUUCAUCUACCGAGGGAACACGGAACCGAAACGGGCGGGCGCCUGUCGGGGGGAUUGAGUGGUCAUCAUCUGGAAGCACGGCGAGAAGAAGACCCCCGAAGCCGCAGCAGUGGACCCGAACGAGAAGAGAGUGGAUAUCGAACUGUUAGUUAAUAGUUGUGACAUUGGUGAUUCCAAUAACGGUCGCUGUGUCGUCAGCGCAGACGUUCACAAAGAAAAUAUAGUUUCUGACACGAUAGAAAACAAAACUAGUGUUGUAGAUAGUGUAAAUAGAGAAGUCCGAGCCGUGAACGGGCUCCUAGCGAAGAGACCCUCGCACCACGCCACGUACAAGAAGCGCGCCAAGACUAAAGUGAAUUUGCUUAUUCACAGGCACACGUUAUGACGUAUGCUCUUCGCUGCUUCCAUAGAUCUCGACAAAGAGGAGUUUUUCUUCCAGUUUGGCGUCAGUUCCUUUUGUGUAAUGGCGUGCGGGAUUGGUGCUUCGUAUAUUGUGCUAGUCUAGUCACUAAACGGCGAUUUGAAUCGGUCAAUAAUCAGAUACAGUAAAACUCCAAUUAAGCAUUAUUUGGGGCAAUCUCUAUUUCAGAUUGGAAACCAGAGCUCAAACACAAAGCAUUCAGGAUUCAACACCAGACAGCUCUGUUUAACCCGCCUUAGGUCUCAAUAGUGGUGCUAGUCUGCUAGGACUACCUGUUCUCAAAGUACUGGCCUAAGUUACUGCCUUCACGAAGACGCCAUCUGUGGGAUCAACAGAGAACUCAAGGAGGUCACACGCAAAGCCAAGCUUCAAAUGACUUUGUCUUCAAUAUUCGAGGAGUUCUCUGUCAAUCUCAGAGACGGCCCCUUCGUAAGAUGAAAUAUGAUUGAGUUCUAUCCUAUAAAUGGCGUCUUCGCGAGGAGAAAUGUGAAUGAGUUCUCCGCCUUUCCCAUAGAUGGCGCCUGCUUUAGAGAAAAUGUUAAUGAGUUCUGUGUUGAUCUCAUAGAUGGCGUUUUCGUAAGGGGUAAAGUAAGUGAGUUCUCCGCCGUUCUCAUAGAUGGCGUCUGCUUCUGGGAAAAUGGGAAUGAGUUCUGAGUCGAUCCCGUAGAUGGCGUUUUCGUAAGGGAAGAGGUUUUCGCAUUCACCGGCAAAUACAAACUGACUGAUGGGAUAUCUGAAGAAAACUCAUCUUAUUUUUGUGAACAUCAGAAGUCGGACUAAAUUACUGAAAACAGAACACAAUUUCAUAUAUACAGUUUGGAGACUACAUUAAGAAUUGCGAAUUAUUCGCAAUUAAUUGUCUCGUGAGAAAUACAAACAAAUUUUUUUCUCUUAAAGUGAUCUGGAUAGUUUGAGUUCGAAUAGUUGGGGUUUUACUGUAUGUACUGCGAGAGGUUCGAAAGAUGAUUUAGAGUUGAUGCGUGACAAAUAUGCUGUACGGUGAGAAUUGCGAGCAUUGUCCUCUUAACUUGUUAAUGGAAAAUACUAGUUUGAAUUGCCAAAACAUGUCGGUUAUGGCGUGUUCACACUCAUGUAAACACAUGCCUAAGGAAGCUAUUGUAUAGAGAAACACGCGUGGCAGCUUUGUAAACCGUUCGAAGAAAUACAUUAUGAAUUUCAAGUAUUGGUCAAUUCCGAUACCGAUUCAUUAUUUCAAUUCAUAGAACUUGUUUUAUCUGUGUUAGUAAGAGAGGGCAUAUCAAAAGUCCAAACUAAGACCUUCUUAAUUGUGGAAUUGAUUUUUAUUUCAGAAUUUUGAGCUGUAGAAAAGCUCAAGUAGAAUCAAAGGUAUUUAAAAAGAUUGGUAUCAGUCCCAAAAUGGAACCCUGGAGCACCCUUGUGUCAAUUAUCAAAGGGAUCGAAAGAAGUUUAUUGCAGAUUUUGAAAAGCUUUUUCAGGUCUUUUAGACACGACCUGAAAUUGUUUUGAUAGAGUUUUAACUUGUCGGAAUAAAAAAUCGGUGAUUCGUUCGAAUAAUUUCCAAUAUGACGUUGAGAGGGUUUAACGCUUAUGCUGCUCACUGUAGAUUUUUAGUGAGGUGUCAAUUUUGCAGACCCAACACAUUCAAUAGAUUUUAUUCCUUGUCAA